UUGAUUUUGAGAACCAGCCGCAUCGAUUGGUUGAAGUUUAGCGUCCAGCAAGCUGAUAUUCACGACACCAGACUCUCAUCGAUCUCGAAACCCAGACCCGUCCCGAAUAAACGGAGAACAAUCUCGACCGACCCAGAUAUCUCGGCGGUUCACAAGCGGCACUAUGCCUCCAUUUGGAGCCCCCAAGAGGCUUCCGGUCACGUCAUUUGCAUCAAAGACCCCCGCCCUGCUUCGACUGCCUGCCUCGUCACGAUGCGCUUCGAACAGCAGCAAUACGCGGUACGCAAGCACCCCCUCGAUCGCGCAAACUUCCUUCUGGAAGUCCCUGAUCCCUAAGCCGCUCCGCCGCGACGGGUCCCCAAAAACCGUCAAGCCCAAGUCCAAAGGCUGGAACCCCGCCACCUUUUACAUCGUCAUCUUCCUUCUGAUCGGCUCCAUGUCGAUCCAGAUGAUCUCCCUGCGGAAGAACUUUGAGAUGUUUAUGCGGCAGUCCGAGGUCAGGAUCGGUCUCCUGCGGGAGGUUGUCGACAAGCUACACAAGGGCGAAGCCGUCGAUGUCGAGGCGACCCUGGGUAGUGGUGAUCCCGAGAGUGAGGAACAUUGGGAACAAGUGCUUCGUGAUCUCGAAAAAGGCGAGAGCCCGGACCACGGGAGUGCAUCCCAAGGCAAAGAGGCAGGCUCAAAAUCAACGAAGAGCCCAGAGGUGCCGACAAAACCGAAAGCUGCAGCUACGUCUGACUUCUAUUAAAUCAAAUAUAAUAUGGCGCCGGUACAGAAAGUACUUCUACGGUACCACCUCUUUAAACACAGCCGCCGCACCGUGACCCUUGACCGCGAACGGGGCAUCGUCGGCUUUUGAUGGU